AUGCCCGCGGAUUAUGCUUCCACGGCCCGGGCUCUUUCAAUUUCGACCUCGCCAGAACCUCUCUCCCCUGCUGACGAAGACAGCCGCCCGCUAUGGGGCCAUCGGUCAGCCACGAGCCGGCGGAACUCCCCACGCGCCGAGCCAAACAAAGUGACAUCGACAUCUACAGGUGAAGCUACGGCUACAUUCCGUGAUAAGGUGGUCCAGCGAGGAGCGCAGAUAUGGCGACGCAUCGGUUCGACAUGGCGCAAAAUGAAUUGGUGGCAGAGAUCGGGUGCGGUGGCCGCCGUGGUGGCCUCGAUUGCAUUGGCGCUGGUGUUUUUGUAUUUCACGAGUCAGAUAUUCCAUUGGAUGGCGCCGGUUGUGGAGGACUGGGAGAGGUCGUGGACUGCUUUUUUGGUGCUUUGGCUUUGUGUUUUCUUUGUUUCGUUUCCGCCCCUGGUAGGGUGGUCGACGUUCGGGACGAUGGCGGGUUUCAUUUUCGGAGUUUGGAAGGGGUGGCUUCUCUACGCCUCGGGAACUAUACUUGGAUCGACGGUCUCCUUCGUUGUCUCGCGGACAGUUCUAUCCAGAUUCGUUAACCGUCUGAUGGAACGUGACAAGAGAUUCGCCGCUCUCGCGUUGACCCUGAAGUAUGAUGGACUCAAAUUGCUGUGCAUGAUCCGCCUCUGUCCUUUACCAUAUUCGAUAUGCAACGGCGCGGUGUCGACGUUCCCAACUGUCCAUCCUUUGAUGUAUGGAUUGGCAACGAUAAUCAUAUCACCCAAACUGCUAGUGCCGGCAUUCAUUGGUAGUCGACUACGCCUUCUUUCCGGGGAUGAGAAAAUGAGUGCAGGAUCGAAAGCGAUAAAUAUCUGCAGUAUUGUUUUCACCGUUGGAAUUGGAGUUUUUACCGGAUGGUAUAUUUACAAGAGGACACUGGCCCGCGCCAAAGAACUCGAAGCCAAGGAACGAGAGGAAAUCCGGAAUUCGCUAGACCGCGACCACUCUGCUCGUCGUCCUCACCGCGCUUUCUCAGAGGAUCCGAACGCCAACAUUGCCGCCACGACUCUUGCCCGCGAUGAAGAGGAGCGUGCUGGAUUCCAUGACUUCGAUGACGAUAAUGUGGACAUUGUGAUUGAUGAUGAAAGCGAUGAUGGGAGCUCGAGCCCAGCGAAGAAUGCAGUGAGUCCGUACCGAGAUGAGUUUACGGACAAUGACUCGGACGUAUUCAGGGAUGGGGAUGAGCCUGAGCGUGAGACAUACCGGAUGCAUACGCAUAUCCGGUCAAAUCAGGGGUGA